AUGACAACCAGCUGCAGUAGUAGUCACAGUAACAAAGCAUCCCCAGCCACAAACCCCGUUUCACCGAACGGCAAGAAAAAAGAAGAAAGCUGUGUUCCCUCUGGCACAGACCGAACCUCGCGGCCAGAAAAACGAAAAUUCAGUAUCGAUCACUCGAUUAUUCUAUCUUUCUCUCUCUCUCUCUCUCUCUUUUUCUCUGUCAUGGUAGCGAUAAUGGUUAGCAUUUUUUUUUUCCUUCUUCACACUCUUCUUGACUCAUCCUACAACAGUUAUUUAUUCUGUCACUCAUUCACCAGUUCAUUCGUUGGAGAGCUCAACCACUCACUCUGUCUUGACAAACAUUUUCUUUUUCUUGUAGCCAUAGGCCGUUCUUUGCGGAAACACCUCAAACACAUCACAUCACUUUUCCUAGCCUUCCUUCACUGUGUCUGUCUGCCUGUGUUGAUUUACUCUUUCUUUCUUUCUUUCUUUCUUUCUUUCUUUCUUUUCCUUUCCCCUCUUCGCUUUUCCUCUCUUUGA